CCCGGCAGCCCCUACGAGGCGGACGCGACGCGUGAGCGCGGCGCUAGUGUGUGCGAACACGUGAUAAGUGCACUGUUGUCUGUGGGAUGUUUUGUUUGAUUGCGCUGUGAAUUUCGAACUUUGCGAUUGGUUCCAUGGUCACUUGAGCGCGAUGGUGAAGUGCGGGCUGCACGAAUCGCGGCUGUAGUUUAAAUUGGUUGUGGCGGGAGAGUGUAAUGUUUGGAUUGUGGGUUUAAAAAUGUGGGAGGAUGUAAGGAAGGCGCGCGAGAGGCAGGAGGCGGUGGUGACAUGACGGGCGGGCUCGGUCCGCGCGCGGCCAUGGCGCCGCAGCUGGCAGCCAUUAUCCUGUGGCUCGGUGGCAGUGUGCUUGGCCUCCGGGACAUCCAGCUAAGCGUGCCAGACGCGGUCGGGAUCGGCGCGAGCGCCACCCUCGGCUGCCGCUGGUCGCUGGACACGGGCGAGGCGCUGUACACCGUCAAGUGGUACCACGGCGCGCAGGAGUUCUUCAGAUUCGUGCCAAAAGAGCUGCCCAACACUAGGGUCUUCUCGCAGACUGGAAUUAGCGUGGACGUAUCGCGUUCGGGCGCGCAGCAGGUAGUGCUACGAGGCGCCACGAGGGGGCUCAGCGGCCGCUACCGCUGUGAAGUCUCCGCCGACGCGCCGUUCUUCCACACGGUGUACAAGAGCGCUUACAUGCGAGUUGUUGAACUGCCGGAUACAAUGCCGAAAGUGCAAGCGCAGAAAAGUUGGUAUUCGGCGGGCGACAUGUUGCGCGCCAACUGCACCUCGCCCCCCGCCGACCCCCCCGCCAACCUCACCUGGCUCCUCAACGGGCAGGAGGUGAAAGGACUCGACAUCCCGGUGCAGGAGCUCCCGUACGCGCGGAAGCCUGUAACGGCGGACGCGUCACUCGAAGACGCGAAUAGAAUUAUAUUCAGUCCAUGGGACGCAAUCUCAGGGUUCGACGAGACGACCGACAACGUAAUAGACAUUCCCGGCAAUAUCGCCAGCAUACUGCCCUCGGCCGACGUUUAUACCGAUCGGAAAAACAAGGAACCAACCCGCCUCACGCCCGCGCCCGGGCAAAUAGCAAAUAAAUUGAACAUUAGCACUGAAGAAGAGAAAUCUAAUAAAUCAUCCUCGUUCAGCCAGCUUGUUAUGAGAGUCAAGUCCGUACAUUUCCGUAAAGGACGCCUGAACGUGACGUGCGUGGCGCGCGUACUCUCCGUGUGGUCCGCCAGCGGAGUUCUCCUCUUGGAUGAGGAGCGGCCGCAGAUCGCUCCCGUUAUGGGCUCCCGGGACUCUAACACAGGCCGCCGGUGGAGCCCGCCGCGGGUCGUCGCCUUGACUGUGCUCAACUGUUUACUGUACACAAAUUGGUCAAUCCGAUGAUCUGAAGACUAAUCAUCAUUUUCUCAUC